AUGGCUUCUCUGAAGUCCUUCCUCGCCCUUCUUCUCCUCCUCCUUCUUGCCUUCGCUUCCGAUUCUGCCUCCUCCCGACCCAUCAUCCGAAUGUUUCCGAGAAAAAACCUUCUUCGGUUCAACGACGAUACCAACCUAUUAUGUGAGGGUUGGAAAUAUUCGUUCGAAGUCAAUAACCUAAUUACAAAUUUCACCAGUCCGAAGGAGUGUGUUCCAUUCCUUAAGCACUACUUCGACUAUAUCGACAAUGGCGGUCGUUAUUCUGUCGACCUGUACUAUGCCAUUGAAUAUGCGUAUGAAUACGCAGAGACGGUGAAGCUCAGCUCCGACGGGAGAGAUGCUUGGAUUUUUGGUGUGGAUGACACUCUACUCUCUACUUUGCCAUAUUACCAAGAACGCGGAUAUGGGUCGGAGACUUUCAAUGAAACUGAUUUCAAUGAAUGGAUGGCAAAGGCCGAUGCACCUCCAGUUGAAUUCACUUGGGCGCUAUACCGAAUACUUCAAGACCUUGGCUUCAAGAUUAUCAUAUUGACUGGCAGAGACGAAUUUACAAGAGGUUUCACACAACAAAACCUUCUCAAGGCUGGCUAUUCCAAUUGGGAGAAGCUUAUCAUGAGGGGAAUUUCGGAUCAAGGUAAAGAUGCAAUUGUGUAUAAAUCAGAAAUGAGAGCUAAGUUGGUGGGUGAAGGAUAUAGAUUGCACGGGAACACAGGAGAUCAGUGGAGUGAUGUUUUAGGGCUUACACCAGCUGCACGUUCCUUUAAAUUUCCUAAUCCUAUGUAUUAUGUCCCUUAAAUUAAAUUGUAUGCUUAAUCCUAAGUUUCUAUCAAGUAUGAACUGAAUAUUUAAAUAAAUUAUCUCAAAAUAUUAUAUCUUGAGAUAGUUGUCUUA